AUGUGCCGGAUUGAGGAAAGGAGAGAGAUGCAGGACGGUGCCGCUGCACCAGAGGCGAAAUUUGCGCAGUCCGUACGCCCAGGACAAUGUACGACUUGUAGCAUCGGCGGCUCUGGAAAAGGGGACAUCACCCGAGCAGCGCAAGGAGUGCCGUCGUCGCUCCAUUACAUCCCCAAAGCCGGCGUUGGUGGCAGUAAGAAGGCACGAGGGAAGAAUGUUGUGUAUCUCCCACAAUAUGCCUCGGGCCCGAAACUAACCCAUCCGAGUAACUCGACUCAGUCUUCCCCUAGACCCAAUAUCAUCACUAUACAUAAGUCUAAUCCCCGUCAGGCUGGGAUUGAGGAGCUCGAGGGUGUCAUUUCCGUAAGCGACCACGCAUGUGAAGAGGAUGUUAAGGCAGCAGGAAUUCGGUCGACGAGCAUGUUUGUCCACGGGCGUAGCGAUGCCCGUAAGGGACAAUCGCGUGAGGCACGUACAACGCAAACAAUUGAAGACGUACCACGCCACCUCCAGCUAUAG